CGUGAAAGUAACAACAUAUUUUUUCUUGAUAUUGAAUUAAAUCUUUCUAUAAAAAAUGUCUAAAGUUACCUUCAAGAUUACACUUACAUCGGAUCCCAAACUCCCUUUCAAAGUAUGCUGAGUUAUGGUGAAGUAAAAUUGAAGUUACAUCUUCAUCCCGAUGGAAACAGCCGUAGUGCAACAGUUUCUCAACCUAUUCCAAGAUUUUAUGAACAUUUGUCAGUUAGACAAUUGGCCUCACAAUGAGACUACAGAAGAUGAAAUUAAGAACACAUUCCUAUUAGCAAUACACAUAGAAAAAUGUGUUGAUAGAUUACAGAAAAAGUUGUUAGUUGAUGAUUUCUUAGCUACUUUAAAUUCUAUACAGAAUACUCCCUGUUCACUAUUUAAAAAAUGUUUGAGUGACCCACCAAAAUAUAUAUUAGGUAAAAUAGUAACUUCCACUUGUAAAGUAACUUUAAUGGAUACUGCUUUUACAAUAUUUUUAAAUCUAUUUUCUAUAGAGAAACUUGAAUUGUGUUUAUCUGAUUUGAUGAUAGAGGCAGCUUCUAAGGAGACACUAAUAAAAAAUCUUUCAAUAGAAUUUCCGAAAGACAAAUUGGUCGACUUUAAAAGCCAAUUUAUUUUAAUAGAAUUUAAUGACAAGGUAGAUGAUGAGGAAGUUGUAAUUAACAUGCUUAAUAAUGAUGAUAAAGAAACUAUUGAGGUGUUAAUUGUUAGUAUGUUGAAUAAGAAUAUACAAUUCUGUAAUGCAGUCAACUUUAUUGUAAACUCCUUUAUUAAUUUUAUGUCUGUAAAGAACUCUUCAAAGAAAAAAUUCUGGAGGGACUUUUUAAGCAGUGAAAUAUCAACUUUGACAAAGUUGUUUUUAAAUCAUGGUGAUUUGUAUAAAAUAGUUUGUAAAGUGUUGCUGGACUGUGGCAGGUUGUUAAAGGAAAAUAUGUCAACUGAAUAUUUUUAUAUAGAUUUGAAUUAUUCAGAGUUAGUUAGAGUAACAAAUGGUAUUUGCGAGAAUGAAAACCUCAAACUUGAAUUUAUGGACAUGGUUCAUGAAAUUAAUGAUGUUAAAUUUUGGGAAAAUGUUUUAGCAUGAUUUUUGUCAAAAAUUUCCGUUUUAAUAUUUAUAAAUCAUUGUGGAUUGAAUCUUUCAAUAUAUACUUGUACAUAGCA